AUGAGCGCCCGGAGCAGCCCGGCUGCUGCAGUGCCGCGGCGGAGCGGAGCAGAGCGGCGGCGCUGGGGGUGCUUGCCGAGUCUCUUCGGAGGGAGGCAGGAGAAAGGAGAGGGCGAGAGGGCUCAGGUGCCGGGAGGGACUGCCGUGAGGAGAGAGGCGCGGGGCGGCCAGGACGGGGCUAUGUCGCUGCAGAGCCCACCGGCGGCCACGGCGGCCGCCGACCUCCCCCCCGGCCCCGACGCGAAGCUCCCGCCGGGCGCGGAGCUGAACGACGAGGGCAGCGCGGCACCUCCAUCAGACGAGGAGGGCGGUGAGGAUGAGGAAGAAGAGGAGGAAGAACCGGAGAAAGGACGACAGAAAGAAAUGGAGCGAGAGAAACUGCCUCCCAUCCCGUCGUCAUCCGGCGCGGCUGCCGGGGGAUUGGAGAGAGAUGCCAAAAAUCAGUUUUCCACUUUCAGCAAUUUCAUCACAACUAUCAACCAAAAGAAAGAAGACAUCGGAAAUGGUAGUUCGCCCACGCAACUUGUUAUACCCAACAUCAAAAAUGUGAGAGACCUACCAUCCAUUUGCCUUGACGUACGACAGAAGCAGCGCAUCUCCAUAGAUACACUACCCCAAGAACUGAAAGCACCAAUCCCUCCUGAACCUUCCCUUCCCAUCCGAACCAAAACUGUGAAAGAUUUUCAGGAUGAUAUGGAAAAGGCUAAGUCAUCGGGAGAUUGGAAAGCUGUACAUGAUUUUUAUACUACAACGUUUGAUUCUUUCCUGGAGAUAAAUGCUGCAUUUAAGAAGGAUACCAGUUCUUCAUUUAAUACCAUUGAGGAUUCUGGAAUCAACACAAAAUUUGUGAAUGUCGUCUAUGAUGCCUUAUUAAAUACUCCUCAAGAUGUUCAAAAAUCAGUCCUAAAAGGAGUAAUAAAUGGUCUGCUACAGGAAUGGAAAGGGCCACGAACAAAAGAUGACCUUAGAGCAUACUGUAUACUUUUACAGAAUCCUCAAUUUAGUAACACUUCUACUUAUGUCAUCUAUGCUCACUUGCUAAGACAGAUAGCAGCCUUAACAGAAGCUGACCAUCAUUUCCUAGUGCACUGGUCUAAAAAGAUUUCACAGAAGAGAUUCAAGCAGCUGGUGGACAGGUUACUGCAAUUUAUUUCUUUACGCCUGUUUCCUGCAAAACCUGAAGAGUUUCCACCUAUGGUGAAAUGUACCUGGUGGAUUCCAUCAGCAGCCAAAGUCCUAGCUUUAUUUAAUGCUGCAAAUAGUCUGAUCAGCCCUCCUAUUAUUUCAUAUACGGAUUUCUAUAAUUCUACUCUUGAUCAUAUUGAUCUUAUGGAAGAAUAUCAUAACUGGCAAUGUUGUGGAAACUCUCACAGGUUUUCAUUCUGUCAGUAUCCAUUUAUUAUUUCUAUAGCAGCAAAAAAAGUUAUUAUUCAAAGGGACUCGGAACAACAAAUGAUAAGUAUUGCACGGCAAAGCCUUGUGGAUAAAGUGUCCCGCAGACAGAAACCUGACAUGAAUAUGUUGUUCCUAAAUGUGAAAGUGAGGAGGACGCACCUUGUUAGUGAUUCACUUGAUGAGCUAGCAAGGAAGAAGGCAGAUCUGAAAAAGAAGUUGAAAGUCACAUUUGUAGGGGAAGCUGGUCUUGAUAUGGGUGGCCUGACAAAAGAGUGGUUUCUUCUUCUCAUUCGCCAGAUUUUUCACCCGGAUUAUGGCAUGUUCACCUACCACAAGGACUCACACUGCCAUUGGUUCAGCAGCUUUAAGUGCGAUAACUAUUCUGAAUUUCGACUGGUUGGAGCUCUUAUGGGACUUGCUGUAUAUAAUAGCAUCACCUUGGAUAUUCGUUUCCCACCUUGCUGUUACAAGAAAUUGUUGAGUCCUCCUAUUGUUCCCUGUGAUCAUAACACACUUGUAGGCAUCUGUGAUGUCACGUUAGAUGACCUGAUACAGAUUAUGCCUGAACUGGCCCAUGGACUAAGUGAACUUCUAUCCUACGAAGGCAAUGUUGAAAAGGAUUUUUACUCAACCUUUCAGGUUUUUCAAGAAGAGUUUGGUGUUAUAAAAUCUUAUAACUUAAAGCCAAAUGGAGAUAAAAUUCCAGUCACAAAUCAGAAUAGGAAAGAAUAUGUGCAACUCUAUGUUGAUUUUCUUAUCAACAAAUCAAUCUACAAACAGUUUGCAGCUUUCUAUUACGGAUUUCAUAGUGUCUGUGCUUCAUAUGCGUUACUGCUGCUUCGUCCAGAAGAGGUUGAAAUCCUUGUCUGUGGUAGUCCUGAACUGGAUAUGUCUGCUUUACAACGAAGCACCCAAUAUGAGGGCUACCAAAAAACUGACCUUACUAUACGAUACUUUUGGGAUGUAGUACUUGGAUUUUCUCUAGACCUUCAAAAGAAGCUGCUACAUUUUGCAACAGGAAGUGAUAGAGUACCUGUGGGAGGAAUGGCAGAUUUGAAUUUCAAGAUUGCAAAGAGUGAAACAUCUACUAAUUGGUUACCUGUGGCCCACACCUGCUUCAACCAGCUUUGUCUCCCUCCUUAUAAGAACAAGAAGGAACUGAAGCAAAAGCUGAUCAUUGGAAUUUCAAAUGCAGAGGGUUUUGGUCUAGAAUAAAGUGAAAUACUUCAAGAACAGCAUUUUUAUGUAGCAUUCACUCUCUUCUAAUUGUGCCUUUAAGCUUUUUGUUGUUAUGUCUCUUGAUACUGUGCCAGUCUUACCCAACUUAGAUUUUUUUUUUUUUUAAUGAAAUAUGAAGUGUAUAUUUUUUCCUG